ACGGUUAUAAUUUUUGUUGUUCUAAAUAUAAUUUGUAUUUAGUUUAUAACUAUUUUAUUACUUUCCCUUUAUAUGUAUUUUAUUUGAUAAUCAAUUUAAAAUAAACUUAUAAACAAUGCAAUCUCUGGAACCGAUAAAUUAUAGCGAAGUAAGCAUUAAAGUACCCUGGGGUCAUAUAAGUGGUCGCUGGUAUGGCGAUCAAAUGGAAAGACCUAUCCUCGCUCUACAUGGCUGGCUAGAUAGCUGUGGAACAUUUGCAAAGCUAGCUCCCCUAAUAGCGCCUUACCGCAGUAUACUAUGCAUUGAUUUACCCGGACAUGGUCAUUCCUCACAUUUACCGGUUGGCAUGUUGUAUCAUAACAUCGAAUUCGUGCGAGUUAUUCUACGCAUAAUGCAAACUUAUAAAUGGAAAACUGUCAGUUUAAUGGGUCAUUCAAUGGGUGGAUCAGUAUGUUUCCAUUUUGCUGCCUUCUAUCCCGAUCGCGUUGACAUGGUCAUCAGUUUAGAUAUUAUCAAAAGCUAUUACUGGGAACCACAUAUGUUUCCCUCAGUUAUAAGACAUUCUAUUGAAAAGGCCCUGAAUGAUAAUGAACGCUUGCUAAGUGAUAAUCCCUCAGAACCUCCUAGUUAUACAUUGGCUGAAUGUGAACAACUUUUAUAUGAAGGUUCUUUGGAAUCGGUGGAAUUGCAAAACUGUAAAUAUAUUUUGGAACGUAAUAUUGAAAAAUCGCAACUAUAUCCAGAUAAAUUUUAUUUUUCACGUGAUGGCCGCAUGAAGUAUUUAAGUGAAAUGAAUCCCAAUUGGGGUUUAUCCCUGGAAAUGGCCAAGAGAAUUUGUGAUCAAUUAAUGCCUUAUUUGGUGAUAAAAGGUGGCGAAUCAAGAAAUAUUAGUGCUAAAGCCACAGAAUUGGAUGUGUUUAUGGUGAUGCAUAAUAAGAAUUUUGAAAGUCAUAUAUAUCCGAUGGGCACACAUCACUUGCAUUUGAAUAAUCCAAAACCAGUGGCACAAUUGAUAAUAAGUUUUCUGCAUAAAUUUGAUGAAGGAGAUAAGAAAUUUGAAAGAUCUAAACUUUAAGUAAAAGUUAUUUACGAUAAAUUUGGUUAUAGCUGGGUUAGAAUUAAAUGAUUGUUGUUACUGUGUU